AUGGCAGCUCCGAGAAAUAUCCGUACGAAAGCCUACGUUGUGCAGGGUGAAGGAGAUCCGUUCACUCUCUGUGAUGUUGUCUUGGACGAGGUACAACCAAACGAGGUGCUAGUGGAGAUCUGGUACACAGGUAUAUGCCAUACCGAUGUUGUUGUCCAGCAUGGUGGCAUGCCACUAGGAGGCUACCCAGCUGUUCUCGGUCACGAGGGAGCUGGCGUUGUGAGGUGGACAGGAUCCGCAAUCAAGGAUAAAUCUUUGAAGCCAGGAGACAGUGUACUGCUUUCAUUUCAUUCCUGCCGCCAAUGUAGAUUCUGUCUCGAGGGUCGGUGUGGCACAUGUCCACACAUGACGGAGACCAACUUUGUCCGCCCUGCCCACGGCACAAAGGUUCAUGGACAGUUUUUUGGACAGUCAUCUAUGAGCAAGCUGGCCGUCGUCGCAGAGGCGAGCAUAAUCAAGGUUCAGGACUCUGUAGCCGUUGUGGGCAUGGGAGCCGUUGGUAUUGCGGCGAUGCUGGCUGCAAAGUCUCUCGGGGUACGACACGUCAUUGCUAUCGAUGUUGUUGAAGCCAAGUUGAAGGUGGCAUCCUCUCUAGGGGCAACACAUAUUGUCAACUCGGCAGCAGAGCCAGAUUUGCAGACCGCGCUGCACGCCAUUAUCCCGGGUGGCCCAAACAGUAUUAUAGACACAACCGGCUUGGUCGGAGUGCUCGAGGCCUCAGUGAAAGCUCUCGCUCAUGGCGGAACGCUGGCUCUAGUGGGAGUUCCCGCUCCAACUGCAACCAUGCGAAUCAAUGCGCUGGAUUUGCUGCUGUCGUGUAAACGAGUAAUCGGUGUCAUUGAGGGAGCCACCGAUCCGCAUAUUCUAGUUCCUAAGCUUUUCGAGCUCUACCGCGAUGGAAAAUUCCCCGUCGACUGCUUGGCAAAAGUUUAUCCAGCGGAGCAACUUGACAAGGCAAUCACGGACCUUGAAUCGGGUCUGAUUGUCAAGCCGAUCCUGUCGUGGGAGAAUUUGUACUGA